AUUUGAAAUAUUUAACGAAUUCCGUCUGCAGGGAAAACUGUGUGAUGUGGUGAUCAGAGCAGACAAUGUUGAAUUUAACGCCCACAAGGUUGUCCUCUGUGGCUGCAGCCCGUAUUUCCGAGCUCUCUUCAACUCCCACUGGACAAAGCCAGAGAAGAAACUGUACAACAUCCCUGGCCUGUCGUCUUAUAUGAUGCACCUGAUCAUCGAGUUUGCCUACACCCUCUCCGUUCCUGUGACGGAGGAGAACGUAGAAGAGCUUUUGGCAGCAGCUGACCAGUUCAACAUUCAGGGCGCUCUAGACACCUGCUGUGAAUUCCUGGGGCAGCAGCUUUGCCCCGAGAAUUGCAUUGGCAUCUGGAAGUUUGUGGACAUAUACAACUGCCUGGAACUCAAGUUCAAGGCCUACAUGUUCAUCUUGCAGCAUUUUGAGGAGGUUGCUACCUUUGACGAGUUCCUGCAGCUCUCUGUGGAGGAGCUGGCUGACAUUAUCCAGAGGGAUGAUCUCAACGCUAAGCAGGAAAGCACCGUGUUUGAGGCCAUUGUCCGUUGGAUCAGCCACUCGCAUGAGGACCGUAAAUACCACAUCCGUAUGCUGUUGUCCAAGGUUCGCCUGGCCUUGAUGAGCAGUGAGUACUUCAUGAACAAUGUGAAGAACCAUGCUCUGGUGAAGGACAGUUCUGAGUGCAGGCACACCAUCAUCAGCGCAAUGAGCAUCAUGUUUUUCAGCCACAACAGAGGCUCUUAUUCAGCUCACCAGAAUCUUCUGUCCCGCCCACGCUGGCCCUAUGCCGUCCUGGUGGCCAUCGGAGGCUGGAGUGGUGACAGGGCAACCAACAGCAUUGAGGCAUAUGACCCCCGUGCUGACCGCUGGGUCAGUGUGACCAACAAUGAGGAACAUCCUCGAGCUUACCAUGGUGCUGCUGUCCUUAAUGGAAUGGUCUACUGCAUCGGCGGCUUUGACGGCUCUGAAUAUUUCAGCAAAGUGCGCAAGUUUGACCUAGGCACUUGCAUCUAUCAUGACGUGGCACCCAUGCAUUCAGCCCGCUGCUAUGUGAGCGUGGCUGUUCUGAAUGGUUGCAUCUAUGCCAUGGGAGGCUACGAUGGACUUAGACGACUCAACACUGCUGAGCGCUAUGAGCCCCACACCAACCAGUGGACAUUACUGGCAGCCAUGCAUGAGGACAGGAGCGAUGCCAGUGCCACAACACUCCAUGGCAAAGUGUACAUUUGCGGAGGAUUCAAUGGGGAUGAGUGCCUGGCAACAGCUGAAUGCUAUGACCCUGAGACCAACCAAUGGACAUUGAUUUCUCCCAUGAGAAGUAGGCGCAGUGGGGUGGGCGUCAUCACCUAUAGAGGGCAAAUUUAUGCGGUGGGUGGCUUUGAUGGCGCCAGUCGUUUGCGAAGCGUUGAGGCCUACAACCCUGCAAUCAAUGCCUGGCACGCCACGCCGUCCAUGAUGAACAGCCGCAGCAACUUUGGCAUUGGGGUGGUGGACGACCUGCUGUUUGUGGUCGGAGGCUUCAACGGCCUCACCACCACCUGUAACGUGGAGCGCUAUGACGACAGUGCCGGCAAGUGGAUCGAGGCCCAUGACAUGAAGAUCUCCCGCAGUGCCAUUAGCUGCUGCGUGGUGCACAGAUUCCCAAACUUCAAUAUGUAUGCCCUGGAGGACGCACAGGGAUCGAGUGAAUCUGUCAUCCAGACAUAA